UCUCUUUAGAAAGCAGAAAGCCGUGCUACCUAACGUUGAACAACAUCUGUGACUCAACUGAGCAUGACUGAGCUCAGCAAUUAUACUUCCGGGUUUGAAUCUGCUCCCCUCAUGUUUCUGUUGGCGUCGCUGUCUACAGUUAUGCAGUUCGCGUUAACCUGGUGAAGUGGUCAAGAAUCAAGAUGUCAUUCCUUCCAGCAUUGUUUAAGUAUGUGGACGAACACCAGGAGAUCUACGUUGAGCGUUUGGCACAGUGGGUUGCUGUGCAGAGCGUUUCAGCCUGGCCAGAGAAGCGUGGGGAGAUCAAUAAGAUGAUGGAAAUGGCUGCCAAGGAUAUUGAGAAACUGGGAGGGACAGUGGAGCUGGUGGACAUUGGCAAACAAAAGCUUCCGAGUGGAGAAGAAAUCCCUUUGCCGCCAAUUGUCCUCGGAUCUCUCGGCUCAGACCCAGGAAAGAAGACUGUGUGCAUCUAUGGUCACCUGGAUGUUCAGCCAGCCAGCAUUGAUGAUGGCUGGGAUUCUGAGCCCUUCACAUUGGAGGAGAAGGAUGGGAAGUUGUAUGGACGAGGCUCCACUGAUGACAAAGGCCCGGUGCUAGCCUGGUUUAACUGCAUCGAGGCUUAUCAGAAAAUAAAACAGGAACUACCAAUCAACAUCAAGUUCUGCUUCGAAGGAAUGGAGGAGUCCGGGUCAGAGGGCCUGGACGACCUGGUGUUUGCCAGAAAAGAUUCCUUCUUGAAGGAUGUGGAUUAUGUCUGCAUUUCAGACAACUAUUGGCUGGGAAAGACCAAACCCUGCAUCACAUACGGCCUCAGAGGCAUCUGCUACUUCUUCAUCGAGAUGGAAUGCUGUGAUAAAGACCUCCACUCUGGUGUUUUUGGGGGCUCUGUUCAUGAAGCUAUGACUGACCUUAUCGCACUGAUGGGGUCGCUGGUGGAUAAAAAAGGUAAAAUCCUGGUCCCGGGGAUGUAUGAUGACGUGGCCCCUGAAACACAGGAAGAGAUGAAGCUUUAUGAGAAAAUUGACUUUGACGUGGAUGAGUACCGCAGGGAUGUGGGGGCAUGCAAAUUGCUCCACAACAGCAAGGAGCAAGUCCUGAUGCACCGCUGGAGGUACCCUUCUCUUUCUCUCCAUGGCAUCGAGGGGGCCUUCUCAGAAGGAGGGGCAAAAACGGUCAUCCCCCGCAAAGUUAUUGGCAAGUUUUCCAUCCGCCUGGUACCUGACAUGGACCCCAAGAAGGUGGAGAAGCAGGUAAUAAGCCACCUGCAGAGUAAAUUUUCUGAGCUGGAGAGCCCGAACAAGCUAAAGGUGUAUAUGGGCCAUGGGGCAAAGGCUUGGGUGUCUGACUUCAACCAUCCCCAUUACAUGGCUGGGAGGAAGGCCAUGAAAACAGUGUUCGGAGUAGAACCAGACCUGACUCGCGAAGGUGGGAGCAUUCCCGUCGCCCUCACCUUCCAAGAGGCCACCGGACGAAACGUCAUGCUGCUGCCUAUGGGGUGCUCUGAUGACGGAGCACACUCCCAGAAUGAGAAGCUGAACAGGUCCAACUACAUCAUGGGAACAAAGAUGCUGGGUGCUUACUUCCAUGAAGUUUCUCAGCUACAGUAAAACCAUUGUGUAUGGAUUCUCAUGCACACCCGAGGUGACGGCAUCAAAGUGCACCUGACAGUUUUCAUAAAUUCAACUGACCUCUGUGGUCAUCCUCCUGACUUAUAUUUUGACCGAGUGCUGUGACAUUAUUUAAAGUGUAUUGAAUACAAUACACUUUGUUUUACAGAAAGGAGACCUUCAUGUAUGGUGUAAAUCUUGUGUAACCAGGCAACUGAAUUUGAUUCUAAAUCUGUAUUUCAUAAUUUCAUAAGUCUGCAAUGUAGUCUCUUAUGUAGGAAUACUGCUACUGUACUUAUAUAGGAAUAAUGUACAAAGCAGUCACAACUGGACACAUGCUUCCAAGCCUUCUUCCGGGCAGUCUAUGUUGAAUGUCCAUUCUCUGCUUUUUCCAUUUUGAGCCAGGUGAAGGGAUUAAAGCUAACGGUAUUGAUUAAAAAGGGCAUUGUAACACCA